GCUGUUGUUGUUGCUGUUUUACUUCGCGCUGUGUUGCACGCCACCACCUCGGUGUUGUGUCCUCCUCUAACCUCCCCUUUCCCCCUCCCCGCAAUUUCAGAUCGCCAGAAGAGCGCCAUUAACGUGGACGACGUCAUUCGUUCGACGGGACGCAUCCGUAAAUACCGCCCCCCCUCCGCUGACCCUUCUCAAGCCUUGCCCUCCCCUCCCCCUUGCACAGUUGCGGGCGAUGCCGCCCAGCGUAUUUGUGGAAGAUUGAGGUUGUGUCUUGCCGCCGCCACCACCACCAAACCGAGUAGCACCCCUUUGCAACCCGCGUGUUUGUGUUCGUUGCCGUGCGUGUUGCCCAGCCCGUUCCCCUCCCUAACACCUGACGCCCCACCCACUGCUUAUGAAAUUACGCAGAGGAACGAAGGCGAUGCUCAGAUCUUGCAGAUUAUUGAACUGUACUGUGCUAGUAGCUUGCCCAAGGGUGUCCACAAGCCGCUUGAUCUCACGCAGCUGCGUCUGAGUUCCACGGAGAUGCGCCUGAAGGAGAACUCUCAGCCUCCUGGGUUGGCCGUCAGCACUGCUGGUGGCUCUCUGUCGACCUCCUGCAGAACCUACGAAAACCUCGACCCCUCGUCUCUGGGUCUACUGCGUCCGCCGCCCGUCAUCCUGCCGACAUCUGCCUCCUCGCGGAAAACCUAG